GGUCAAGAAAACUGUCUCUCAGGAUUGGUAUUUGUUAUCACUGGUGUUCUAGAUACCAUUGAAAGAGAGACCGCUAUAGAACUAAUUCAAAGCCUUGGUGGUAAAGUCAAUGUGUCCGGCUCAAUUAGUAAAAAAACAAAUUACUUAGUUGUUGGACGGGACCCUGGAUUAACCAAAUUGGAAAAAGCGAAAAACUUUAGUACAAAACAGUUAGAUGAAAAUAGUUUUUAUGAUCUCAUUUCUACUAUGCCUGCCAAGCCAUUAGUAACAAGUAAAACAGACAAAAAGAAAACAACGGUCAAUAAGACGCCUGUAAAGGUUAACACACCGAAGACUAGUAUCGGAGAUGACAAAAACAUAGAUAGCAAGCCCACUGCAAAUAUAACACCUACGAAGAAAAAUGUGACUGAGAAUACUUUUGAAAGCAGCUCUUCUUCGAUAGCAAAUAUCAAGCCAGAAAAUCUUAAUACACAAUCAGCAUCUAAAAAGUCUUCAAACUCGGUGACCGAGAUGUGGGUUGAUAAAUAUAAACCUUCAAGUAUAAAAGCGAUUGUUGGCCAACAAGGUGCAAAAAGUUGCGUUAAUAAACUUCUGUUAUGGUUGAAGAAAUGGCACGAAAAUAAUAGUACAGCAACACAUAAGCACGUUUUAAGUCGUGAGAUGGGAUUUACGUUCAAAGCUGCCUUACUAUCCGGUCCCCCUGGCAUAGGAAAAACCACUAGUGCUCUAUUAGUUUGCCGUGAAUGCAAUUACGACGUUGUAGAGCUAAAUGCGAGCGAUGCGAGAGGGAAAAAAGGUCUAGAAGCUGUAAUCUCUGAAAUUUUUAAUAAUAAAUCUAUCGCUGGUUUCACUGCAAUGAAUAACAACAAAAGCAAAAGGUUAGCUUUAGUUAUGGAUGAAGUUGACGGAAUGUCCGGAAAUGAUGAUAGAGGCGGAAUGCAAGAAUUAAUAUCAAUCAUCAAAAAGACGAAGAUACCCAUUAUCUGCAUGUGUAAUGAUAGAAAUCAUCCAAAGAUUCGAUCUCUAGCCAACUACUGCUUCGACCUUAGAUUUCAACGUCCUAGAAGUGAACAAAUAUGUAGUACAUUAAUGUCUAUAGCAUUUAAAGAAGGAGUAAAAAUCACCCCACAAAUUGCUCAACAAAUUGUGACAGCAACAAAUCAAGAUAUUCGUCAAAGUAUUCAUAAUCUUAAUAUGUGGUGUGCUAAUUCCUCGGGUAAAAGUAGCAAAGCAGUAAUACAAACGAAGAAUAUCAAACUGGGUCCAUUUGAAGCUAUUCGUAAAGUAUUUGAUUCAAGCUCUGAAGCAUCCAAAAUGACCUAUAACGAUAAAGCUGAGCUUUUUUUUACCGAUUAUUCCUUAAUGCCUUUAUUUGUACAAGAGAAUUAUCCACGCGUCGUCCCUGUUAAAUCCAACGGUGAUCUACAAAAAACGUUGGAUCAACUAAGUGAAGCUGCUGACUCAAUUUCCUGUGGAGAUCUUGUAAAUAAAAUACUGUACUCAACCAAUCGAUGGGGACUAUUACCAACACUAGCAGCAUUCGGAAGUGUUAUACCUGGUGCAGCAAUGCAAGGUUAUUUUGGCAGUCGGAUAGACUUUCCAUCGUGGCUUGGCAAGAAUUCUAGACAAGGGAAGUAUGAUCGAAUUUUACAGGAAUUGGCACUUCAUAUGAGGAUAAGGAGUUCAGCUAAUCAUAUUCAACUGGGUAUGGAAUAUGUCCCCCAAUUACGCUACUUGCUAUCUGGGCCUUUAACUGAAAGGGAAAGUGAAGGAGUAACCGACGUCAUCGACGUCAUGGACGCUUACUUUCUAACUCGAGAUGAUUGGUCCAACAUUAUGGAUAUAGGGCUAUAUCCGGGCCGGCUGGAUCCUACUACGAAAUUAAGUAGCAAGGUUAAAUCUGCAUUCUCCAGAGCAUAUAAUAAAAUGCCUCAUCUAAUGCCUUACGCUAGUCAGAGCAAAGUUAAGCGUGUAAGCGAUGAAGGAGUAGAUGAAGAAACUGAAGAAAGUGCAGAAACCGAGAAUACAGAGGAAGAAACUAAAAUUGAAUCUGAUCCUAUGAUUAAAUCAAAGAAAGCUGCUUCUAAGGCAAAACAACAAAGCUCAACAAAGAAUACUUCCAAACGAGGGAAAUCCUCGAAUAGGAAAUAA